UCCCUAGCCUUAUUGACAAUAGAUAGCAGUUUUCGUUAUUGCUUCGGUUUUUAAUUUCCUCGUAAGGGCACCCACCUUGUUUUCAUACCGUUAACUUCAAAAGAAGACUAGGCUUGUGAUAUGGCUAUAGAAAAUCCCCAGCUCUACAACAAUAGCAACUGGACAUUCAUGUAUGUUGUGCUUAGCCUGAUUCCAGUUGCUUUCGUGGCAGUUUCUCUGAUUUCCAUCAGGCGCGAUAGAAUGGCCAGGCGCCAGAGUGACAUCGAGACGGCAGAUCGUGGCCCGGUAUUUGAGCGGGCAUGGUUCCCAUGGAGAGAAGCUAUUGCAGCCUCUGAGGGGUCUGAAGGGCUGGGAGGCACCAUAAUGACGAGUUCCAGCACGGACAGAAAACGAACGGAUUCUUUCACACAAUUUGACACGGCUAAGCCGAAAACCAAUAUGCAUACUGGUAUAAAACGUAAGCCAUUGGGCAACGAGGGAGGAUACCUUUCAGACUUAGAAGAAGUGCCCCUUUAAAAAAUGACGAGUUCAUUCAACACGAACAUGCUAUGCUAUCCGCUCCAUAUUUGGUAAUUUUACUUGUUUUUUUUGGUAAUAGAACUUGACAGAUGGACAUUGUUAAUGGUGCUUGGCCUAUGAUAUUUGUCUACUAGGUAUAUCACCUAGCAACUUUAAUUUA